GGGGCGAGGUGAGGUGGGGCGGCACGGCGGCGGUGAGGGGUGUGCGCUCGGUGCUGCGGGGCUGGGAGUCUCCGCCCGGCGGCUCGCUUCCCGGGCACGGCGCGGGAGCGGAGCGAGCGAGGGAGGUUUGCUACUCGCGAAAUGUCGCAGGCUGCCAUGUCCGAGACCUACGAUGGAAGCAUUUUUUGUCUACCAGAUUUCCUGUUUAAGUUCUUGGUCAUAGGAAAUGCUGGGACUGGAAAAUCCUGUUUACUACACCAGUUUAUUGAAAAGAAAUUUAAAGAUGAUUCGAAUCAUACCAUAGGAGUGGAAUUUGGUUCAAAGAUAAUAAAUGUUGGUGGUAAAUAUGUGAAAUUGCAGAUAUGGGAUACAGCAGGACAAGAGAGAUUCAGGUCUGUAACAAGAAGUUACUAUAGAGGUGCUGCAGGUGCUUUACUUGUCUACGACAUAACCAGCCGAGAAACCUACAAUGCUCUCACUAAUUGGCUGACGGAUGCAAGAAUGUUAGCAAGUCAAAAUAUUGUGAUAAUACUGUGUGGAAACAAAAAAGAUCUUGAUGCAGAUCGUGAAGUAACCUUUCUAGAAGCAUCCCGGUUUGCACAAGAAAAUGAGCUUAUGUUCUUGGAAACAAGUGCACUAACGGGGGAAAAUGUUGAAGAGGCCUUUGUACAGUGUGCAAGAAAAAUACUCAAUAAAAUUGAAUCAGGAGAAUUAGAUCCAGAAAGAAUGGGCUCAGGUAUUCAGUAUGGAGAUGCUGCCUUGAGACAGCUGAGAUCACCACGAAGAGCACAAGCACAAAGUGCUCAGGAAUGUGGGUGUUAAAGAAGCAAAACACAAAAUCCAAAAUACUCACUUUAGAUACAGAAGCUGUCCAUGCAAAUGGUGUUUGAAAAAAUAAAGCUUGAAAGCUGUGCAGUUUUGAAAACCAUCUUUCUGCUGUGUACAGCCAGAGCAGACCACUGCUGACAGAGGUGCAUCGUGUGGUAUGGAGCAGGAAUGUUCAUGUGGCACAAGCCUGCAAAGUGAACCUGCUAACUCAGUGGGAAGUGUUAAAGUGAUACCUGUAUGUAAACGUUUUCCAUUACCUAUUUUUAUUUCACCUUUAGUUGAAAGCGUUACUAUAUACUGUAAAUAAUGUAACAGUAAAUUUACAAAGCAUGAUAUAUAUAUAUAUAUAUGAUAGAACAUUGCACUACAACAGUUUAAUAUUUUAUUUUUUUAUUAUAGAAACUAAAAGUUAACCGAAGUAGGCUUUGUCGUGUUUGUUGCAUAAUAGUUUAUAUUUAUGCCAUGAAUUAUAAAAAACCACUGGCAGCCUCAGUGAGGGAUGGCUGUUUUUUCCCCCUCCCAAUUUCUUUUGCAACAUUCUGACCAGGUGUUUCUAUGACUGGUUUUCAAUAUGAGGUUAGUUUUGGUUGCUUGGUUUGGGUAAUACAUCAAGUUGGAGUAGUCAUUUUUAUUGAAGUUUACCUGUUUUAUCACAAUUCUUGUAUAUCAUCUUUUGAAGCUCUUUUAUCAAACUGUAAAAGUUCAGGAAAACAUGCUUUAACUCUCUCAAAUGGCUGUUAACUGAUGUGGAUUUGGGAAUUUUUGUUUUCUUGGUUCUGAUGUUUUGUAUAGCACUGGUGUCAUGAAGAUAGUAUGUAUAUGUGAACAGAGUUGUGCAUCUUCUGUGUGUUUUGUAAUUCUAGUGUUGGGCAUGGGAUUCUGGACACCUGUCACAGUAGGAGUUUUAUUAACCUCUGAUUGCUAAGUAAGCAAUCACCUGUAGAAAAAAGGAUUUCUGCUAAGCAUACCUUGUGAGGUACAAACUGAACCCAGGUUGGUUCUUCUAAAGUAUCCUGAAUGUAUGAUUUAGAAUACUGGUAUCUUAAACAUAAAAUACAAUUAAGAGCUUGGAUGGUGAAGUUAGACUUCAAAAUCAGGAGCUGAAGAGUCUGUCUUGCUGGAGCCCUACCUUUUGAACUUCUGGGGAAAAUAUGGUACGUAACGCUGUCAACAUUGCUUCCAGGAGACUCAUAUGAGAGAAGAAAGAAAGAAAUGCUGCUGAUGUAGUUCAUUCUUCCUGUGAAACUCAUCAGGGGAAACAUCAGCCUUCGUGCUGACUUCAUUUCUCAUUCAAGCAAUUCAUACUUCCCUUCUGGUUCUUCUAUGGCAAGAAGGAGGUAAACGGUGAGGGGUUAAGAAUUCUGUUGCCAGUGCUCAGCUGGGGACAGAAUAGACUGGCAGAGGGCUUAAGCAUGAGGACAGAACCAUGAGUAGUAUGUGUCAUUUUUACAGUGUCAUGACAAUUGAUCAGAUAAGAGAUGCGGCUUUCAUGUUGUCAGAUAAGGAGCUGUGGAAAGUGUUUCUGGAGGUAUCUGAACUCAAAUUGUUGUCACAAGGGAAAUGAUGUUGUGUGGAUAUAAACUGCUAGUAAUGUUUUUACUUAGUUCCUUAUGUAAUUAAAAAUUGGAAGUCUUUUGGAAAUGCAAGUGAACACAGAAAAUAGUUUAUCUCACCAGAACACAGUAUGAAAAUUCCAAGGAAAAACAUGCUUUAUUUUCUAUAUAUGAGUAUUUUUUUAAGGGACACUUGUCAGGCACAUAAAAACUAAAUCAGAAAACUGAACUGCUGCUGUGAUUCAGAGGGCAGUUAAAGCACACAAGCAAACCAAGGAUGCUACAGAGAAGGUGAUAUUCCAUCUUUCAUAGAAUUAGAACUGAGUGGGAAAAAAUAAUUGUUCUGACACUUUUGUUUCAAAUGGAUGUUUAUCUUAAAACUAUACACCUUGGCCAUCUCUGAAAUAAAAAUACAAAAUAAUUUAACUCUAGACUCUUCCAGUACACGUAAGUUUUUAAAAGACUGUAGAGUCUGAAGUCUUGUUACAGCUCUCUGCUGUGUCCUGUAUUAUUUAGGAUUUAGCUUUGUUGCAUAACUAAUAAUAAUUAUUCCUAAGGCUUAUUCUCUUCUUGAUAAAAUUCAGUGUUUGUUUGGGUUUUUUUUUUUUUGAGGCAUCUUAAUUCUGCAUUUACAAGAUGGAGGUGCCAACAGCAGUCCCUUGAAGUAGAGCUUGGAUGCAGUUAGCUCCUCUACCAGUCCAAAUGGCCUGCUGUUCAACUGUGAUGUUUUGCAUUUUUGCCAGAGUUCUGGAGGAUGGCAGAGUGAAGGGGAAUGUGUCAGUUCUGAAACACCAAACCAUUACUGAAAUGUUGGAAAAAAUAAUAGAGGAAUCCACUUCCCCUUCCUCUAAUCAGAUUUCUUAGUACACUGAUAAAGUGAAAGCUGAGCAUUUACCACUUGUGACAUAACACAGGCAAAGCUGAAGGUCUCCCCCUCUGUCACUUAAAAUGGUUGAAGGGGGGGUAGGCACAAGAUUAAAACUUACUUUUCAAACUGCUAGCAUAAUAAUAAGAGUAAGGGGAGUGGUUACUUAGUUCUGUUGCUUCUGAAUAGUCCAGUAAUGAAAGAAACAUAGGGACUUUGAAAUGUGGUUGGUUUUUACUGACAGUACAUUUUUCUAUUUCUUUCUCUACAAAUUUUCCUCUGUUUUAUACUGGUUCACAUGUGCAUGAGUUCUCUGGUUAAGCAGCAGUAAGCAGUUUCAUUGUUUGGUAACAACCUGUCUUAUGCUGUCUCUUUCCCAGGAGGAAGAAAAAAAUACUUUAUAAUCAGAGUUGACAUGUUUUUACUAUUUCUUUAAAUAUAUGUUCCUACUAGCUUAGUGCAACUUAACCAGGUUAAUAUUUUGUGGUCUUGCACCACCCCCAUGCUGCAUCUCACUGACAUUUUAAAAAGAAAUCUUCUAAAAUGGCAACUCCAGAGGGCAAUACUCUAGGAAGCAAUACUAUAAGCAACAGUGUUUACUAGUUUUCCUCUGAGUAUUUAUUUCUAAAAAUAAACAUUAUGCUCAUAAUAGCUGUGGAACCAAUUUCAAGCUUUAAUAAACCUAGCUCAUGAAAAAUAUGAAGUGAUAAAUAUGUUAAACUGCAUAUAAUUUUUAAUGUAAAAAUAAUUUACCAAAGCAAAAUGGCUUAAUUUUGUGAACUAAUCCCAGGCAGCUACAUCCCAGGAUUUACUGAAUGUAGAGCUUCAACUCUUCCAGUCCUUCAGAAGAUCUAAAUGUCUUAUUAAAAUCUGUUUUGCCUUUCAGUGAGGCUACUGGCCUAUAUUACAUUUCAUGCUUGUAUCUAACAAGAAAUAAAGAAUCUUUCUUGUUUUUCUAGGGGUGGUACAGUAUAUAUUCUAUUUAUUUGUACUACAGUUAUGUGCUAAAUGAAGUCCCCAAGACAGACUGUUAGAGAGUCAGGAAGGGAAUAUUUCAGCUGAAUUUAUAGUGGAGUUGGUGCUUGUCUGGGAAAAUUUCAGCAGGUAGGAGACUGGAGCACUGCUGCACUGCAUUUCACAGCAACAGAGAGCAAGGAAGUCACUGUCCCUGCUAGCAGCAGAUUCCCUCAGGCCUCCCACCCUGGUACCCUGCUGCUUCUACCCCAUGUUAGAGAGGAAGCAACUGCAAGAUGUGUUUUCAGUAGGGAAUCUCCUUCAGUAUAGCACAUCCUGAAGGAGGUCAGGGCUAUGAAGCUACAUGCAGUUACCUGGUACUUAGCUUCCUUCAGAUCACUUCAGCAGUGGUGUGUCUAGAGCUCCUGGAAUACCUUAUUUCAGAAGUGAGAAAUGCUUUUUUUAAAAGCUCUGAGAAGAUGUUUAUACAACUUGAAUCCUGUAUUUGCUCUUAGAACUUUUCCAGACUAACAGGCAACUUGGGUUGAAAGCACAGUUGACCUCUCUGUAAGGAAAAGGUAUUAAGAAUGAGAGAGUACUACAGGCAGAAUACAAAUUCAGCUUUCAGAUUGAAGUACUUGUAAAGAAUGGUGUUGGGUAAAGGGUUGCAUUAGUUACUUUUCUCCUUUAUUCUUUGUAACAGAAAAGGACAUGGAGAAACAGAAACCAUGGUUUGUGCACAGUCUGUAAGAAACCUGUAAAAGAAAAGCUGAGAGCCAAAAAAUAACAGUAUAAACAGCCAAGACACUGUCACUCAUUUUAUUUGCAUAUACAAAUUGACACCUCGCUAUUAAAUGUAGACAAUACAGAAGCAUUAAAAACAAGUACUAUUAAAAACCUUAAAAAACACAUAUUGCUUCAAGCUUAGAUGCUAUUUCCCCUAUAAUUCUUUAAAGUGAAUCCAGUGCUAACAGGAGCUGAGGCAGCUUCCCAUUCUCUCCUAUCCCUACUUUUAUAGGUGCUAUUGUCAAGGUGUUAAGUCAGGCUCUACAUAUGGCUUUGCUGCUGAGUGCAGAAACUGAGCUGGAAAGUAAGUUGGCACAUGCAGGUUUACUGGACAGCUCCUCAGAUUGCUAGCUUUUGGUCCUCAUGGUUAUAAAAAAAGGUCAGAGGCCUUUAUAAUUCAGUUUCAUGUUAAAAAAUUAGAAGGGCAGGUGUGUUUCCCUACAUGGUAAAACUUGGUUAAUAUGCAUUGGCUAUCUUCAUAGAAUUCUUUACUAAAAAUUCAGGUCUGAUCCUAACAGUUAAGUUUAGCUCUAAAUUAAAUAUCACCCUGACUAUUUCAGACUUCCAGUAAAGAAAUCUGGAGUUCAUAGCUGCAAAGAUGUGACAGCAGUGGCUGAACAGGCAUGCUACUGUACUUCACAGGGACACUCAUAUGCAGUUUUCAUUGCAACAUUUCACAUUGUAAACACUAGUCUAUACAACACUACAGUUAAAUUGCAGCAUUACACAUUGUGCAGGUCUCAUUUCACUUAGCUAAAAGUGUUUCCAGAAACUGAAGGGAGUAAACUUUCAUGAAGACUGGACAACUGAGUAUUAACUGCAUUCUUACAAAGUUUUACUUUAAAACAGGUGUGUGAGAAGUUUCAUCACUUGACUGAAUUCAACAAUCUAUUUCAAGACAAGUCAGAACGUUCUUAAUUGAUAUUGUAAACAUUCACUAAGUUUUCCACUUUUGAGCAAGUUAAAUUUAAUGCAAAACAGCCUAUUCUAUCAAUCCAUGAAAUGCAGCUAAAGCUUCUGUGUUUUAGAAAACAACAUCAAAUUUCAUGUCAAAACACAAAAAUGGCUUUCCAGACUUUGGCGUGGCACAUCAAAUACUCUGCAUACACAACUUUGAGUGAUCAGGACUAUACUAUUUCACACAGUCUAAGAGUCAAAUACCCAAAUGUAAGAAAGCUACCUAAUCAGCAGAAUAAUUUGCCCCUCACUUCAGGCAUUAUGUUUCUCAAUUAAGAUAGUACCAACAUUACAAUCAAGAUUAUUUUCAGCUAUAGACCAUUUGAAAAACGUAAGUGACUCACAUAACCCAAUUAGUGCCACUACUGUCUAACAAUUUUUUUUUUUUUUUGCUGGGAACAGCUCUUGUCUAAGCAAGGAUAAAAACAAGAGCAUCUCCUCAGUACAUAGCUGUAUAGAUGCUGUUGAAUAUUUCUAAUGUUCUACAGACCAUGACCAAGUUGGAGACUUCUCAGGCUUGGUACCCAGUAUCCAAGGCAGAAAACAGUUAGUUAAAACCUUGGAACCAAAAUCUAGUAGGAAAUGCAGCUUAUCCGAGAAUGAGUACUUAAGGCAGGAUUCUUGGCUCCCCCCAUUCUCAUUGGGAACUCUAGAAACUGGCAUGGAAAGCAUGGCAAGACAAGUUCCACCAAGGAACCUGCUUAAUGCAACAAAGUGUACUGAGGGCACAUAGUUCAUCUGCCAGUUACAUGAAGUCCACAAAGACAGAGGUGUGUAUGUAUGUGGUGUUCUGCACAACAAGGCUGUUAGGUACUUCUGAGUGCUUUGAUUCUGUUGUUCAUAGCUAGGGUGGAUCUCUGAACUGAAACAGCAUCAAAGCUGCUUAAAUAGCUGCUGUAAGUAUGUUUAAAUAGGAAAAAUGGUAUACAAAGAAAUAAAAUCUUCUGUGGAAUAAAAACAUCCUGUUGGAUAAUUUCACCUCGGUUUGGGAUGCUGUUUUGAAAUUUUAGGAAGUUCUAAACUGUGGUUUGCUGAGAAAUUCUAAUAGUCAUUCUUCAUGGAUAAGACAACCAUACUUUCUGAGAUUUAAAAGUGCAAGAUCUCUGGUAGGCAAUCUUGAAUGUGAGCUGUUUGGAUUUUUAAAGUAAGUUAUAUGCUUGAAAAUCAGGUUAUAAUUUCACAGACUCUAAAACUUCUUAGUAAAGGUUUCAUUAAUCUUAAUUUCAAUCUUACUGAUAUAAUAAGAUUAGAAGGCAACAAUACUUGGUCUUCCCACAAUUACUUGAAGAUCUACAAUCAGACUUCACUAAGCAUUUUAGCUGUCUCUGUUGCAGCAGCAGUUCUAGUCCUGCUUACUCAGUGAGAUUGUGUAGUGAAGCACAGACCAGCACAGGCUUCUGCUGCAGCAGUGUAAGUGCGCUUCCUGUGAGAAAUUGUCUAGUCUGUAAAAAGCAAGCUUCAAAACUGUUAAAGUAAGGUAAACAACAUAUAUAACUAACACACUGCACAUCUGAACAAAACUUUGAAGCUCAUAACCAUAGUCACCUGCCUAAAGCUUAAUUUUCAGACAAAUCAAUCAUUCACAGCAGCUUGAGUUUAAAAAAGAACACAACACCACACUGUGGGUUUGACAGACAGUGUAUGUAAAAGAAAGACCUAUAAAGUGAAAGCAUCCAAACUCCAUUAUGUACUCUACUGAAGGAUAUCCUCUCCUUCCUCCCCUAGCUCUCACCCCCCUUAUUAAGGAGUUAUGCACCAACCUUGAGGCAGAAGGCUAAGGCUCCUCUACUUCAUCUAAAUUUUAUAAAAAAUGUUUAAGUUAAAAACCUCUAAUAGUACACUCAUACAGUACCACCAAAUGGAAUACAUAUUGCAGUCUAACCCACUGAACAUAGAUAGAUAAUCAUAAGUAAUAAAAAAUAGACUUCACUAAACAGAAGCCAGCCUGCUCUGAUAAACCAGCAUUUACAUGAUUAAGCACAGAAUAAGUGUGACCACAAGCUCAGUACAGUGGUGCCAAGUUGAUACUCAUAGAACAAGCAGCUGCUUUUUGAGCAGCAGCUAUCAGGUGGUGAUUGUCUUUAUAAGUUAUUCAGUGCAACAGGCACAGCAACAGCAAAAUAACUCUGCAGCUGUUUCUUGUUCUGGAAGUAUUUUAUUACAGAUAACAUUGGAAGCAGCAAUGAAAAUUAAGAAUCAGCAGAUUUACUAAUUUUUUUUUGAAAGCUUCUGUAUACAGACAGUACUUGGCAUUUGUCUGUCUGAAGCAUCCACACCCAAUAGUGCUGCUUACCACACCCACUUGCUUUCCUGUUGCCCAUUUUAAUAUAUUUAUUUUGGUAGAAGUAUUGAUUUAAUAGUAACAUAAAUGCAAAGGCACCUCCAUCACACCUUUCGAGUUCCCCCUCCCUCCCCAC